UAUGAUUCCAGCUUAGGUUUAGUCUGCCUUUUGAUGUCAUCGCGUUUGGUGAGAUUAUAAGCAGUUAAACGCGUAUGAAACCAGCUAUGUAUUAUACGUCAUCUUCAAGGAUGAUGUGGGCUAUAUUAGUUGUGAUGUCAAUGUUAGUUUCAACGGCGAUUCCGAUUCGAGUAGAUUUCAAUACGAAUACCGGCCCAAUUCGACCACCGACCACAACACUCCCACCACCACCUCAACCACCAUUCCGUGAACCAGCGCCGGUUUGGGAAGAUCAGUCCAAUGACAUUCCAAAUCCAGAUCCAUACAGAUAUGUGCCACCACCUCCAUCACGACCACGCUACAACAAUAAUGAUAUAGAAUCGAAUAACAUUUUUAAUGAUAACGAGAAAUAUAACGAAAUCAAGAAUGUAAAAGAAAACAAUGCAAGAGGAUUCUUUGUGGAUGUCCCGCCAAAAUUCUAUAAAACAUCGCUGGCCAAACAGCAAUACUACCAGGACAAGUAUUUAAACGACAUAUUCAGCAAAAAUUACUAUAACAAAGCAGAUAAAUAUAGUAUAAUUGCUUUUAAAGAUAAAUACCAUGGUCUUCCAUAUUAUGUGUUUUAUUUUGCGCGAGUUCCUUCCCAAUAAACAAAUGGCAAUCAUUUGAAAAUGGACACAGUCAAACUUUCGUCAUUAGAAUCUUUUAUCAAUUAUAAAACGGACAAUCACACAUCAUGGAUCCAUCCCAAAAUGUAACUAACACAUAUCUCAAUGAUAGAGAGAGGAAGUCACAACCAAUAAAACAUACAUAUUAUACUAUUGAGGUUACCAGUAGAUUGGUAUAUAUUCUUUUUUUUAUUUUUGCGUUUCAAGUAAACGUUUUUUCCGGUGUCAACGGAUCGAUUAUUUUUCAUACUCGAAUUGGCCUUAGGAACGAAAACAAACAAAUUAUAUUUGUAUGUAUGUCAUGAAAAUCAACAGAUUUUAUGUAUAUAAAUCGAACAAUUGCAUUAUGUGAUAAGAUAAUUAAUGUAAUUGUUAUCGGAAGAAAGAAGGCUUCAAAAGGAAAAUGAAUAAAAAAAAUACUUUUGAAUCGACA